UCCGUCUCCCUGUGUCGCCUGACUACUCCUUAAAGUUUGCGGAAGUUUGUUUUUUAGAAUUCAAGUGGAAGCAAAGUCUCAGUCUGGUGGAAAUCAAAGUAAACGUGGAUUAUUUUUUAUUUUCUUUCGGGGAGUUGUGCUUUAAUAGAUGGACCUCACGCCAGAGCAAAUCCAGCGGAUUCUUUCGAAGUACAAAUUUCGUGAUGUUGCUGUUGAGGAGUUGGAGAAAAUCUAUCGAAUCUAUCCUGGGAUGAAGCCAUCCACAGGCACAUACACAUUUAGUGACAGCACCCAAAAAGACCUUCUGAAAUUAACUGGCACCCUCCCGGUCCAAUAUGAAGGUCGCUCCUACAACUUCCCCAUUCAGCUGUGGCUGUUGGACUCCUUCCCAUUCACUCCUCCCAUAUGUCACAUGAAACCCACUUCUAACAUGGUCAUCAGAGAGGGCAAGCACGUUGAUGCCAAUGGACGCAUCCACCUACCUGGCCUUCACAACUGGGAUCAUCCAAAGUCAUCUGUGGUGGGUCUUCUGAAUGAGAUGGUUACCAAAUUUCAGGAAGACCCUCCAUUGUCCUCAAAGACCACAACAGACAACAAAGAUCCCCAUGAGCUCCUGGCGUUUGUCUCCAAUUUCCGUAUCAGUGAUGGUGGAAUCAGCCAUCACGGUCAACCAAUCAACAAAGUCUCAGUUAUUGGGGGAUCGUAUGUCACCGUGGUACAGACCAACGUUGACUUGUACAGAGGAAUAAUUCCCAAUCUGGCACGUCUCAGCCCUAGCGCAGUGAUGCUAAUUGCAUCACAACCAGUGGACAUCAUGGCCCACGUUGCCUGGAGGCAGAGUGGCUUGCCUCCAACACAUGUGAUCGGAGCAGGGUGUAACCUGGACUCGGAGCGACUCAGUCAUGUCAUGGAUAUCAACCUGAACACACACAAACCAGCCUGGGUCAUAGGAGAACUUUCAGAUAACAAAAUUGCUGUGAUGAGUAACUCUGGGUUGAACUCCAAUGCACCACCUGAGAUUGCCCAAGGAUCCAGCUCUACCAAACCACUGUUAGACAGAGCCUUUGAGAUCAUGAAAAAUCGAGGCCAGCGGUCAUGGUCGGUGGGUCUUUCUAUCGCCGACAUUACAAAUAGUGUCCUGACAGAUAAGAGGAAGGUGCACUCUGUCUCCACACUUGCUCAGGGUUGGGGUGGCAUAGCUGUAGAGGUGUUCCUCAGUCUGCCGUGCAUUAUGGGAGUAAACGGUUCCACACGCCUAGCUGGAGUGUCACUGGGACAGGAAGAAGACUCCAAACUAAGGAACAGCGUUACCUCCCUUUCCAACCUCAUGGCUCAACUUAGGAUAUGAACGAUACGAGCGGUGUGGGCGUAGCUGUGCUACUUACCUGAGCUACUUACCCGUCCUCAGCAGGUGGACUGUGUCUGUGCUGAGGUUGCAUGUGGUUUCUCCUUGCACUAAAGUUUUUAGGUUACAGGCGUUACUUCUAUUUUGAAUUUAUAUAAACCUAAUCACAGCAUUUGUUCAUCCAUUCUCCUCAGACAGUGUAUAGCAAAUCAAUCAAUACUGUCGAUGUACAGACAGCAUUUUGUGUUCCCAGUAACCACAUCUAUGACAAGCCGUUCAUUUUGUCUGGGUAAAAAUGACAAUUUGUCACAACUUGAUACAUGAAUGUACAGAAACUUUCUGCAAAAACAUAAAAACUUGUGAUGCUUGUAGCCUUUAACUGCUUUGUCGAGAACAACCAAAGUUGAAGACAAGAGCGCACUUAUACCUAAAAUUUAUGUUUAACCCAACAGGAGAAAAAUCAGGGUGGCUGCAGAUAAAAUAUGAAGUACGAAUAUUAUACGUAAUGUAGGAUGCUGGCGUUGAAUCAGUGGAUUAUGUUGGAAUAUUCUUCUUUCAUAUUUAAUAUUAAGGAACUUCUAAAGGUGUAAAUUUAAAUCUCUUGUGCCCUAAUUUACUUUGUAUAAAAAAACAAAAACAAAACUAAUAUAAGCACCUUGAUAUUGAGGUAUAUACACUAUAUGAUACUGUGGGUGUGCAAUAAAUAUCUGAAAGCA